AUGGAGUCCUGCAGCACGAUCAGCCCGAGUCCGGCUCUCAAAACGACCGGGGGCAAGAAUCCCAUCGUCCUCAUUCCCCAGCCCUCGGACGAUCCCAAAGAUCCAUUGAACUGGAGCCCGGCCAAAAAGUACUGGACACUGUUUCUGCUGUGCUAUGCCGGGUUUGCCGCCUUGGGGCUGCCCUCCAGUCAGCAGCUCACCUAUUACGUGCAGGCGGCGGCCUAUCCCGGUCGCACCACCGUGGAUCUGUCGUAUUCGGUCACCAUCUGCGUCGUCGGCGAGGUCUUAGGUCCCUUGAUCUUCUGGCCCUUGGCCCGGAAGAUUGGCCGCUGCUCGCUGAUGCUAUGGAGUCUGGUGCUCUGCUUUGGCUGUCAGGUGUGGGCGGCCCUGAUGACCGGCCCGAAUGAUUAUGUCUCGUUUAUGCUGUCCCGUUUGGUCUCGGGGCUGGGCGCCUCCAUUCCCACCGUCUUAGGGCCCUCGUACGCGGUUGACAUCUUUUUCCUCCACCAACGCGGCCGGGUCUUCUCCACCUUCGAACUCAGCUUCCUCCUCGGAGUCAAUGUGUCCCCCACGAUCAGCGGUUUCAUCGUCAACAACGCCUCGUGGACGUGGGCCUUUUGGUGGACCCUCAUUCCCUGUGGCGUGGCCAUCGUGCUUAUCUUUUUCUUCCUGGAAGAAACCGGGGGCUACUCGUCCACGGCCGACCCUAAUGCCCCCGCCUACCCAGCGCAACCCUCGUCAUACUGGGCCAACCGCGUGGCCACCUUCUUUCCCGGCCAUCGCAUCAUUCCCCAGGAACCCUGGUCUGAAAUCGCCCGAACCGCGAAGAAGCCUUUUGUCAUUCUCGUCGCACCCAUCACCGUCAUUGCGGGCGGGUACAUCUUCAUCUGUUUUGCCUUUGUCAUUCUGACCAAUGUGCUCCUAACCAUUUUCCUGGAGAAUCCCGUCUCCGAGGGAGGAUACGGAUUCACUCCCUUGCGCAAUGCCUUCUUCACCCUAGACGCCUGGUUCGCCAUCUUCGUGACCCAAUUCGCGGGCUGGUGGAUGGGCGACCGAAUCCCCCUCUGGGCCUCCCGCCGCUUCGGCAACGGCAUCUGGCACCCCGAAUACCGCCUGUGGAACAUCCUCCUCCCGGGCGUCGUCGGACCCAUCGGGCUGGGCCUCUUCGGCGCGGCCCUCCAAUACCAUCUACACUACAUGGUCCUCGCCGUUGGCUUCUUCUUCAUCGUCUUCAGUUCCAUGCUCGCCGUCCCCAUCUGUCUCAACUACAUCGUGGAAUGUUACAAAGAGGAUGCGACGGAGGCGGCGAUCGCGAUGAAUGCCUGGCGGUUGAGUUUCGCCAUUGCCACGGGGUUCAUCUUCACGCCCUGGAUGGAUGCCGUGGGGCCCGGGUGGUUGUUUGGUAUGGCGGCGUUCUUUUCGCUGUUUGCGUUGUUGAAUGUGGGCGUGUUGGUGUGGAAGGGGAAGGCGUUGAGGGCGAUGGCGCCGCGGUUGUUGGCGUAUGAAUGGAUGGUCUCUUUUGUUCUGGAGGGGAUGCUUUCUUACUAG